CACCCACCUGCGGUAGGCUCCGGUCUCCGUCGCUGAGAGACGACCUGGAAAGUCUGUGGCAGCCUUUGUCGCCCUGGAGCCGGUAUUGGCAGCGGGAGCCGUUGGGAGGACCUGGGACACCGCGGAAGUCGGGAAAUGAGUCUGGCUUGCCCAGGCUGAAGUGCAGUGGCGCGAUCUUGGCUCACUGCAACCUCUGCCUCCCAGGUUCAAGCAGUUCUCUGCCUCAUCCUCCCAAGUAGCUGGGACUACAGGUACACACCACCACGCCCAGGCCUCAGUGGCUUUAGAGGAUGUGGCUGUGAACUUCACCCGAGAAGAAUGGGCUUUGCUGGGUCCUUGUCAGAAGAAUCUCUACAAAGAUGUGAUGCAAGAAACCAUCAGGAACCUGGAUUGUGUAGGAAUGAAAUGGAAAGACCAGAACAUUGAAGAUCAGUACACAUAUCUCAGGAAAAAUCUAAGAUGUUAUAUGUUAGAGAGAUUUGGUGAAAGUAAAGAUGGACGCCAAUGUGGCGAAACAUCUAGCCAGAUUCAAGAUAGUAUUGUGAACAAGAACACUCUUCCUGGAGUAGAUCCAUGUCAAAGCAGUAUGUGUGAAGAAAUCGUCAUGGGUCAUUCAUCCCUUAAUUGCUACAUCAGAGUUGAUGCUGGGCACAAACCACAUGAUUAUUAUGAAUGUGGUGAGAAGCCAGAUACACAUAAACAAUACGGGAAAGCCUUCAGUUACCACAACUCGUUUCAAACACCUGAAAGUCCUCACACUGGAAAGAAGCCAUAUGAUUGUAAAGAAUGUGGGAAAUCCUUCAGUUCUCUGGGAAACCUUCAAAGACACAUGGCAGUGCAGCGUGGAGAUGGACCUCAUAAAUGUAAGUUGUGUGGGAAAGCCUUUUUCUGGCCCAGUUUAUUACAUGUGCAUGAAAGAACGCACACUGGAGAGAAACCGUAUGAAUGUAAGCAGUGUUCUAAAGCCUUUUCUUUUUACAGUUCCUAUCUAAGACAUGAAAGAACACAUACUGGGGAGAAACCAUAUGAAUGUAAGCAGUGUUUUAAAGCCUUCCCUGAUUACAGUUCUUGUCUAAGACAUGAAAGAACUCACACUGGAGAAAAACCCUACACAUGUAAACAAUGUGGGAAAGCCUUUAGUGCUUCCACUUCCCUUCGAAGACACGAAACAACUCACACUGGAGAGAAACCCUAUGCAUGUAAGCAAUGUGGGAAGGCAUUUCAUCAUCUGGGAAGCUUUCAAAGACACAUGAUAACACACACUAGAGAUGGACCUCAUAAAUGUAAGGUAUGUGGGAAAGGUUUUGAUUGUCCCAGUUCACUGCAAAGUCAUGAAAGAACUCACACUGGACAGAAGCUCUAUGAAUGCAAGCAGUGUGGGAAAGCAUUAUCUCAUAGCUCAAGCUUUCGAAGACACAUGACAAUGCACACUGGAGAUGGACCUCAUAAAUGCAAGGUAUGUGGGAAAGCCUUUGUUUAUCCCAGUGUAUUUCUAAGACAUGAAAGGACUCACACUGCAGAGAAACCCUAUAAAUGUAAACAAUGUGGCAAAGCCUACCGUAUUUCCAGUUCCCUUCGAAGACAUGAAACAACUCAUACUGGAGAGAAACCCUAUAAAUGCAAAUGUGGGAAAGGCUUUAUUGAUUUCUAUUCCUUUCAAAAUCACAAAACAACUCAUGCUGGAGAGAAGCCAUAUGAGUGUAAAGAAUGUGGGAAAGCUUUCAGUUGUUUCCAGUACCUUACUCAACAUAAAAGGACUCACACAGGAGAGAAACCUUAUGAGUGUCAAACAUGUAGGAAAGCCUUCAGUCAUUUUGGUAACUUAAAAGUCCAUGAAAGAAUUCACUCUGGAGAGAAGCCGUAUGAAUGUAAGGAAUGUGGGAAAGCAUUCUCUUGGCUCACUUGCUUUCUACGUCAUGAAAGAAUUCACAUGAGAGAGAAAUCCUAUGAAUGUAAACAAUGUGGUAAAGCCUUCACUCAUUCUCGUUUCCUUCAAGGACAUGAAAAAACUCACACUGGAGAGAACCCGUAUGAAUGUAAGGAAUGUGGGAAAGCAUUUGCUUCUCUCAAUUCCUUGCAUAGACAUAAAAAAACUCACUGGAAAGGUACUCUGUAAAUGUAUGGAAUGUGGGAAAGCCAUUUAUUUAUUUCAUUUCAGAAACUUGGAAGAAACACAUUGGAGAUAAACCCUGUGAAUGUUAGCACUUUGGUAAAGCCUUAAGUAGUUUCAGUUUCUUUCGAAUACAGUUAUCCUUUGAUACAUGCUGGGUUUUGGUUCCAGCACUCUGUAAGCCAUUUCAAGUCCCUUUUAUAAAAUGACAUAUUUGUAUGUAAUGUACCGACAUCCUCUUUGUAUACUCUCAAUCAUGUCUAGAUUACUUAAAAUACCUCAUGCAUUGUAAAAGCUAUGCAAAUAGUUGUUCUAUUGUAUUGUUUAGGGAAUCAUGAUAAGGAAAAGAGUCUAUGUACUUUCAGUACAGAUGCAGUAAUUGUGAGCCUGUCGACAUAGUAUGUGUCAGCCAGACUAUUAAAGUUUCUUUCUUUCAGCCCUCA